CCACACACUGUCCAUCAUGGCGACGCAAGCUGACCAGCAGCCCUCUUUCACGGAAAUCGACAGGCAACUGUGCAAGCCUGGCACGCCCUUUGAGCUUGAGACGGUCCAGAUCAACGGCCGUUCAACCGUUGUGUGGAAGCAUCUCCCAAAGACCUUCCGCCCAUACCUCCUCGACAGCUUGGCCAAGUUCUCCGACAAGGUGCUUGUCAAUGCGCCGGCGGUAGAGCCGGCACCUGCGACGGAGCGUGUCGACUGGACGUUUGGGCAUGUGCGCAAGCUCGCGCUGGCGACUGCGGCGUGGAUGGCCGCGCGCGGCGUCAAGCAGGGCUCGCUUGUCGGCCUCGUGGGCUGGAACUCGGGCGAGUGGGUCGUCUCGUGGGUCGCCAUGCACAUCCUCGGCGCCGUGCCCGUCAUGGUCAACGCGGCGGUGCAGCCCGACAGCAUGGUGCAUUGCUUGCGCCUCACCAAGCCCGAGCUCGUGCUUGCCGACGCGACGUCUGCCUUUGCGCUUGCGGACCACGUCCAGGCGCUGGCGGAGGGCGGUGUCGGCCCCCUGUUUUCCUGGCAGGACACGGCGCACCUCGGCACGUGCGCUGUCGAGACGGUCAACCUCGCCCAGCUCUCCGUCACCGCGGCGCAGAUCAAGGACGCCGAAGAGGGCAAGGGCAUCACCGCGGACCUCGGGCCCGAGAGCGACGCCGUCGUCUUCUUCACCUCUGGCACCACGGGAUACCCCAAGGCCGUGCUCAGCUCGCAGCGCGCCGCCCUCCACGGCGUCAUCUCGUCCGUGUACCCCCUCGCCCGCCUCGCGAUGCGCCAGGGCGCCCCCGCAUCCAUGGUGAUGGACAUGGUCAGCAACCCCCCGCAGGACGAGGACCCCAACGUCGUGCUCAUGGCCGUCCCCUUCUUCCACGUCACGGGCUGCCUGUCGAUCCUGCUCAAGGCCAUCGGCGACGGCAACACCCUCGUCCUCAUGCGCCGCUGGGACGUGCCCGAGGCCGCCCGCCUCAUGGUCAAGUACAAGAUCAACGUCAUCUCCGGCGUGCCUGUCAUCCUCCUUGCCGUCAUGCAGUCCGGCCUGCUCCCCAAGGACUUCAAGCUCAAGUUUGCAAGCUACGGCGGUGCGCCCUCGCCCGAGCGCAUGCCCAGUGACAUCAAAAAGCGCUGGCCGGACAUGACUGCCGCAACCGCGUGGGGCAUGACCGAGACCAACGCGACGCACACCGUUUUCGGCGGCGACGAUUACGUCAACUUCCCGAAGAGCGCGGGUGCAGCCCUCCCCGUGAACGAGGUGCGCAUCGUGGACCCCGAGACGCGGCGCCCGCUCCCCGUGCGCAGCGUGGGUGUGAUCGAGGCGCGCGGCAUGAAUAUCAUGAAGGGAUACAUGAACAACGACGAGGCGACGCGCAAGACGAUCAACGCCGAGGGCUGGCUCGACACGGGCGACGUCGGGUGGAUGGACGAGCAGGGGCUGCUGUACAUCUCGGACCGGGCCAAGGACAUCAUCAUCCGCGGCGGCGAGAACAUUAGCUCGGAGGAGGUCGAGAACGCCGUGUUCCGCGACGACCGCAUCGCCGAGUGCGCCGCCGUCCCGGUCCCCGACGACAUCCUCGGCGAGCUCGUCGCCAUCGCCGUCUCCCUCAGCCCGGGGGCCAAGGCGACGCCGGAUGACAUCAUGGAGACCGCCCGCCCACGCCUCCGCUCGCACGCACGCCCUGCGUUCGUGUACAUCGCUGACGCGCCGCUGCCGCGUAACGCCAACGGCAAGCUCAUCAAGACCGAGAUCAAGAAGACCGUGCAGGCCCUCUAUGCGCAGAAGAAGCGUCGUGAAGCCAAGCUGUAGUGGAGCCUAGAUAUGCACUGCAGUGUGUGCG